CGGACAGUGGGACAGUGGGACAGUGGGACGGGGUGGGGGCGCGGAGCGCGAGAGACAUGAGCAGAGGUGCGCGCGCCUGUCCGGGGAACCAUGAAGCUGCCGAACACCUUGAGCAUCAUGAUACUAUGGAUCAUAGUGGCGCUGCGGAGGGAGCGGGGCCGUGCGGAGGAAGUUGUCCUGCUCAACUCAAAGGAAUCUCAGGCAGAGCUGGGCUGGACCUCACACCCUGCUAAUGGGUGGGAGGAGAUCAGUGGAGUGGAUGAGAAGUACAAGCCCAUCAGGACCUACCAGGUGUGCAACGUCAUGGAGCCCAAUCAGAACAACUGGCUGCAGACAGGCUGGAUUUGGCGCCAGGGCGGCCAGCGAAUUUUCAUCGAGUUGCAGUUCACGCUGCGUGACUGCAACAGCAUCCCGGGCGUGGCCGGCACCUGCAAGGAAACCUUUAACCUGUUGUACGCCGAGGCCGACUGGGACUCGGGCCGCGUGGUGCGCGAGGACCGUUACACCAAGAUCGACACCAUCGCGGCCGACGAGAGCUUCACGCAGGGCGACCUGGGCGAACGCAAGAUGAAGCUCAACACGGAAGUGCGUGAGAUUGGACACCUGAGCCGCAAGGGCUUCCACCUGGCCUUCCAGGACGUGGGUGCGUGCGUGGCGCUGGUGGCCGUGCGCGUCUACUACAAGCGCUGCCUGGCCACCGUGCAGAAUCUCGCCGUCUUCCCCGACACCGUGGCCGAGGCCGCCUUCGCCACGCUGGUCGAGGUGCGCGGCGUCUGCGUCAACAACUCCGAAGUGGAACCGGACAGCGCUCCCAGGAUGCACUGCAGUGCCGAAGGGGAGUGGCUCGUGCCCAUCGGGAAGUGCAGCUGCAGUGCCGGGUUUGAGGAGGGACACAGCAGCUGCGAGGCCUGCCCACCCGGCUCCUACAAGAUGUCCUCGCGUCAGCAGGAAUGCUUCGCGUGCCCGGCCCACAGUGUCGCCGAGGAGGAGGGCUCCGUGCUGUGUGUGUGCGAGGAGGACUACUACCGUACGCCGCUGGACGUCCCCUCAGCCCCCUGCACGCGACCUCCGACUCCACCCAGGAACCUCGCAUUCACGCUGAAGCAGUCGACGCUGGUGCUCGAGUGGGACCCGCCGACGGACUCCGGGGGCCGCGGGGACCUGUCCUACGCGGUGGGCUGCAGCUGGUGCGUGGGGCCGGGAGCCUGCGAGCCGUGCGGCGCCGGCGUGGCGUUCCUGCCGCAGCAGAGCGGCCUGACGGAGCGCAGCGUCACCGUGGUGAACCUGCUGCCGCACUCCAACUACACGUUCACCGUGGAGGCCCUGAACGGCGUCUCGGAGCUGCUGCCCAAGAAGCGCUUCUACGCCCAGGUGAACGUGUCCACCAGCUUGCCAGCCUCCUCGCUGGUGAGCGAGCUGCGUGCGGAGAAGAUCGAGCAGCGCAGCGUGACCCUGGUGUGGAGGGACUCUAGCCAUCAUAACAGCAGCCGCACGGAGUACGAGGUCAAGUAUUACGAGAAGGAGGAAAAGGACCAGAGCUACUCCACAGUGAAGACUUCCUCGACUCGCGUCAAUGUCAACAACCUCAAGCCCGGCACCACCUACGUGUUCCUGGUGCGACCCCGGUCUGCACCGCCUUCCUCGCUCUCGUCUUCUCCUCUAUCCUCCUCUUCCUCCUCAUCACUGUUGUCCUCCUCGACUUCCUCCUCCUCAUCGGCUUCCUCGCUGCUGGACUACGGGGCCUACAGUGACCCUCUGGAACUGCAGACUUUGGGCGAGUUGGCACUGGCCUCCAGCGAGCAGAACCCUGUGGUGAUCAUCGUCGUGAUCUCGGUGGCGGCCCUCAUCGUGUUGCUUUCCAUGGGCGCUGGUCUGCUCAUCUGGAGGAGGCAUUGCGGUUACAGCAAGGCGAGCCAAGAAGGCGACGAGGAGCUGUACUUCCAAUUUAAGAUCCCGACACGGAGGACGUACAUCGACCCGGAGACGUGCGAGGACCUAGUGCAGGCCGUCCACGUCUUCGCCAAGGAGCUGGACAACUCCAGUGUCAAGAUUGAGAGGAUCCUUCACACAGGCGAGUUUGGGGAGGUGUGCCGCGGCUGCCUGAAGCUGCCCAGCAAGCGCGACCUGCCGGUGACGAUCAAGACCCUCCGCGCCGGCUGCUCCGAGAAGCAGAGGAGAGCCUUCCUGUGCGAGGCCGGCGUCCUGGGCCAGUUCGACCACGGCAACAUCGUUCGCCUGGAGGGCGUCAUCACCCGCGGCAGCACCGUGAUGAUCGUGGUUGAGUGCAUGUCCAAUGGGGUCCUGGACUCUUUCCUGAGGAAACACGAAGGCCAGCUGAGCGUCCUGCAGCUGGUGGAAAUGCUGUGCGGUAUAGCCGCGGGGAUGAAGUACCUGACCGAGAUGGGCUUCGUCCACCGGCGCCUGGCUGCCCACAAGGUGCUGGUGAACAGCAGCCUCGUGUGCAAGGUGUCCGGCUUCCGGCCACUGCAGGAGGACAAGGUGGAGGCCGUGUACACCACACUGCACGGGGGCAAGAGCGCGAUCCUGUGGACGGCUCCGGAAGCCAUCCAGUACCACCGCUUCAGCUCGGCCUCCGACGUGUGGAGUUUUGGCAUCGUUAUGUGGGAGGUCAUGUCAUUCGGGGAGCGACCGUACUGGGACAUGGGGAAUCAGGACGUCAUCAAGGCCAUCGAGGACGGCUUCCGCCUGCCGGCCCCUGUGAAUUGCCCCGCCCCCCUGCACCAGCUGAUGCUGGACUGCUGGCAGAAGGAGCGCAGCGAACGACCCAAGUUCAGCCAGAUCCACAGCGCCCUGAGCAAGACCGUGCGCAGCCCCGAUGGCCUCGGCUCUUCGACCCUGGCACGCAGGACUCUCAGCUCCUCCAUUCCGCUGGCGGAGUGCUCCCUUCCAUCGCUGCCCACGUUCAGCUCCGUGGGGGAGUGGCUGGAGACGGUGGACAUGGGACGCUACAAGGACAGCUUCACGGCCGCAGGAUACUGCUACCUGGAGUCAGUGGCUCGCAUGACCGUUCAGGACGUGCUCAGCCUGGGCAUCACCUCUCUGGAACACCAGAAGCAGAUCCUUGCGGCCAUCCAGACCCUGAGAGCUCAGGUCAUCCAGAUGCACGGCCGCGGGGUGCAGGUGUAGCACAUGGAUGUGCCAACGAAUGCGAGGGAGGGGCCACUGGCCCCCGCUGCAUGAAAGGAGCUGUCUGUUGCUAAGGGUAACGGGAGGACCCCCCCGCACCGUGGCUCUUUUUGCCCAAGCCACCACUUGCCCAUCUUUCCUGGACUCCUCCUCUUCCUCGGAUCAGGGAGGAGCCAGCUACUCAGAGUGCGCUGGGCGUGGUUGGGGGCGGAGUUUCCAGAGGCUAUAUCUGGGGUUCGAACCCUGAGAACACACAGACUUUAUAACUGGCGCAAAAGGUCGACGUGCGUUUCAGGCAUUUCAGACUGGUCCCACACAGCGUUUCCACGGUUACGCCUGUUUGCUGUUUUUGUUUGAGGAAACUGCACGCAGCCAGCGCUGCUCCGCAGGGUGUCACCUGCACCGCGGUACGCCCUUCACUCUCCAUCGCAUUAGACGUUACCGCCCCUGUUCCGUUCUUAGCUUUACGGUCACGCCUGUGUUAUUUACCUUGUUGACCAGUAACGUAACCUGGGGUUUCACAUGUUACUUUUUUUAAUGUGCACAACAGGAUAUUGAACACAAACUGAAGAGCUUUCUCCAGGUCAGCAGUGCAUCUCCUUAAGCACUAUGCCACCUGCUGGUCAAGUCCUGCGCUGCUCUUUCACAGAGCCAAAGGAUGUAGGUCCUCCGUGUCCUGCAUAUUUGUCCAGGGAAAGUGAUUCCCGCGGUUGUUUAGCCGCUGUUUGGAAAAGGAGGUGAACACCGACCAUAUGAAACGUCCCUUUAUUUUGUGCUUUGAAACAUGUCUUAUGUUCCAUACUGACUGAACACGUGAGUUUUCUUUUCUUUUCCUUCAUGAUUUGUGGGUGACGACAACACACUGGACGGUUUCGCUCAGAUGCUGGGUACCAGGCAGCCUGGGACAGAGCUCAGGCCGCUUCUUCAGGCCUUUUCUGAUUGGAGGAGGCGGGACUUAGUCUGGGAGGCGGGGCUUUAUGUGGCUACACCUCCAAGGGACCAUGCGGCUGUCAGCUUUCUGGGGAGGGGGGGUGUGCAGGAUGUUUGAAUGAUCCAGGAUUUCUUGUCUAUAUGAAUCGUUCCCAGUCGUGCUCAUGACUUCACGGUCGUCCAAUAGCUCCGCCUCUCAUGGACAAAUUUGUUUGAAUGGACACACAAUUUGCUUAAGAACUUGUGUUUGUGUCUGUGGGUGGGUGAGUGUGUCUUGCUUCUCUCCUACUUCUUCUAGGGUUAGGGUCUGGAAGAAGAGGGAGAGAAGCAAUACACACAAACACACACACACACACACACACACACACACACACACACACACGGCUCCCUGCUCACUCUCUCCAUCAUUAUGAUCGCAGUGUCUACUAAUGUAAAUAUGUAUUUGAAAAUGCAAUCUAUUUUUCUAAGUUCUUCGAGGAGCAGUGUGUCGGCUCUA